AUGCUACAAGUGCCGAUCUCUGGGUAUAAACAACGCACUUACAAGCGCAUUACGCAAGUCGACGAGCAAACGGUUCGAAUCGGUGAUUUAUUUAGAUGUAUUUUACGACUCACUGUGAUAUGUGAUGGCGAGAUCAGCGCGAGUGCGUUAAAGUUGUUGGAUGGAUUUCGGGAUUUCAAUCUUGCAGAACUUUCCGCACGUAUUGAGCCAUUUAAAUUAUUCCCGUUUACUUCUGAACUUAAUUCCCGUAACAGCGUUUUUGGUACGAAUAAAUUACUAAUAAUUGAAUUAAAACAUCAAUUUUUAAUUACUGUUUUCCUUGACUUGUUAACGGCAUUGUUCCGUACAUUACCGGUCACUAAUAGAAACACCGUGUCCCAAACACGGUUUAGUGCUAUUGCGAUGAUUUCGAUAGAAAAUGAGCGUGUUAAAAAUU